GGGAAUGAAAAUAAGGGCGCUGGUGCUGGUUGCGGUGCAGGAGAUGGUAGAGGUGGCAAUGUUGGCAGCGAAGCGGGAGGUGGUAGUGUUGGUAGCGAAGCGAGUGGUGGCAAGGAUGCUGGAGAAGGUACUGGAGCUAAAGAUGCUGGUGGUGGGGGAGUCAAAUGAAGUGCCGGUGGGACACUGGCAGAAGGAAUUAACGGAGCUGCAGUGAAA